AUGCCCAUUCGUGCGAAUGUGGUGGAUGAAGAAGCACUUGUGCUGAGGAGAGCCUUCAGGCGAGAAAGGGUCUUCAGGGACCGGUUGGACCCACUGGCCUUCCUGACGACCAUCUAUAUGAAAGAUACAGGUUUUCUGCAGAUGGCAUCAGGUAUCUAUGCAGACUACUGGGUCCCAGGAUUAAGCACCGCACUGCACGGGAGCCAUGCACUGAGUGUGGAGCAAAUGGUUUGUGUGGCCUUGCGCUUUUUUGCUAGUGGAGCCUUCCUGUACUCAGUGGGGGAUGCAGAACAGCUGAACAAGGCCACAAUUUGCCGCACAAUAAGGAGUGUGUGUCUGGCUAUCAAAGCAUUAGCAGAUGUCUUCAUCUCCUUCCCUGGCCACAGAAGACUCUGUGACAUCAAAGAGGAGUUCUAUAGGAUUGCAGGUUUCCCCAAUGUCAUUGGUGCAGUGGACUGCACACACAUAAGGAUAAAAGCCCCUCAGGUGCCCAUGAGGCCGAUUUUGUGA